CAUGUCCGCACGUUGAAAGUUUGCUUGUGCUUCCUGCACGCCUCUGCUUCUUACAAUGGGCAUUAAUGGCCUGCUCCCAUUGCUGAAAUCCAUCCAAAAAGCAUGUAAUCUUAAGAAAUUCGAGGGAAAAACUUUGGCGGUCGAUGCUUAUGGCUGGCUACACCGUGGCACAGUGUCUUGUGCUAUGGAAUUGGCGAUGGGCAAACCAACCAAGAAAUUUGUCGAAUUUGCAAUGCACCGAGUACGAAUGCUACAGCACUUUGGCGUGACGCCCUUUCUGAUAUUCGAUGGUGACUACUUGCCGAGCAAAGCUAAGACCGAGGACGAACGUGCAAAACGAAGGGAGGAAAGCAAGAAGGCGGGGAUGGAAUUGCUGAGUGCCGGAAAGCCCUCACAAGCAUACCUCGAAUUUCAGAAAGCCGUCGAUGUUACUCCAGAAAUGGCUCGACAGCUCAUCGAUGAAUUGAGGAGGGCUGGGGUCCAAUAUAUAGUGGCACCGUAUGAAGCAGAUGCUCAAAUGGUGUACCUAGAGAGGAAAGGCAUCGUCGACGGUAUCCUCUCAGAGGACUCGGACUUGUUGGUUUUCGGUGCAAAAUGUUUGUUGACGAAGUUGGACCAGUAUGGAAACUGCAUUGAAGUCAACAAGGCAGACUUCUGUGCCUGCAAAGAGAUCAGUCUUACCGGCUGGUCAGACAAGGAGUUCAGGCAGAUGGCUAUUCUCAGUGGUUGUGAUUACCUUGCCAGUAUCAACAACAUGGGCUUAAAGACGGCCUAUCGAAUGGUCCGAAAACACAGGACCAUUGAGAAAGUUGUUCGGAUGUUGCAAUUCGACGGAAAAUUCCACGUACCCAAAGGUUAUCUCGAGGCUUUCUAUCAAGCCGAAUUCACCUUUCUCCACCAACGAGUCUUCUGCCCACAGAGCCUUUCGCUAGUUCUCCACACACAACCCGAACAACCAAUUGACGAGAACAAGAUGUCUUACAUCGGAGCAUACGUCGAGCCGGAAAUCGCUCGAGGCGUUGCAAGAGGAGAUCUGAACCCAAUGACAAAAGUUCCAAUUGCUGGGGUCAGGAACGCCUCUGGUCCAAUCACACCAUGGUCCACACGAUCACGAACUCAACAUCAGAGAUCAACUUCCUCUGAAGUCAAGAAGAACAAGCCACUUGAAACAUUCUUCAAGCCAAAGCGAACUCCCCUUGCUGAACUGGAUCCCAAUUGCUUUACCCCUUCCCCAAGUCAGCAAGAUGCUCUUCGCCGCAAUCAAGGACCUUGGGUGGCUAUCCCCCUACCUCGACCUUACCUCAGUCGUGCCAAUACUGAGCUUCAACUACCUCAGUCUGCACCUCCUCCAACUCGCACUCAAUCUGUCCGCCAAAGUCGAACUCCAACAAUUUCUGAACCUCGUCCACCCAAACGAGCUCGACUUUGCGAAGAUCUCGAGCUAGUCGUAUCCCCGAGCCGAAAAGUUGAACUUGGACCAAGCCGGUUCUUCUCUUCUAACGCUCCCGAACCUAGCCCUGCUGCUGCCAGAAAUUUCAGGAGCAAGCGGUCAAAGAAGCAGGAGAUCAAUAUAUUCUCGGACGAUUCGGUAGAGGAGGCCAUGCUCAGUCUGCCAGAUGUUUCUACCUCGGGAUCUCAAGUAUCGCGCAAAAAGCUCGCUAUCUUCCGAGAAGAGAGGACUAGCGCUGGUCAAGACGAUACUUGCUCAGACAGUCAGGGGACCAUCAUUUCACUUGACUCUCAAGAAAGCACUCCAAGUCUAACGACCUCCAUGCGUACUUCGAGCUCAUCACAACAACCGCCAACUCCAAUUGAAGCCAGUCCUGAGCCUGAUGCUCUAGAAGACUUAAGAAGUCGAUUUGCGUUCAACGCUACUCCGUCCUGUACUCCAAAGCAGGAACCUAGCUUUCAGGGACUUCCCACACCUUUGUCGCAGAUUCAAAAGCAGUCAAAGAUCCCACUUGCGGUGAAGAGCAACAUACCCGCGCCGAAAACAAACAAGACGAACACCAAAUCCGUUUUGACACCCCUUCAACGACUCGGUGCAGCCGCGAACAACCGUUCUAAACUCCCAAUGACUCCUCCUCUAACUCCUUCUCUACCAAUCAAGCCCAGAUUUGCUCGUCGCUCUUUAUUGAGCAAAGACUUUGUGCCAUUUCCGGAGGUUGCUAUCGAGAAUGCGAAGGAGAUCGACCCAACCAUGAUUCCUCUGCCAAAUCCUGAUGAGACCGAAAACAUUGAGUUGAACUUGCCAGUCGGAAGUGAGGACCUGAUCAUCCACGAUAGCGAGGGCGACGAUGAGGCUUUGUCCCCGGUCCGAAGACCAGGAGAAGGAACCACCCAGCUGGACCUUGGCAAAUUCAUGUUUUCUGCGCAGGCCUGAGGAAUAAUUGGAGGGAAGACAGAAUGAGUCCGCUGUUGCACGUGUUCGCUUUUCUUUCUGGCGUCGAGUUAGGCGGGCGUAUAAAUAAGAGUUCGAGUUAUUAUUUCCUGUAGGUGCAUAAAUUAGGGCUGGAUGGCUCGGUGUUUGGAGUUUGGAGGAUGGUACGAAGGCGUUUGAGGUAUUACCAUGAUUUUGAUAUCCCACUGGGAACCGGAUUAUUGCUGUUGCUUCUGUUAUCUUCACAAUGGUAGCAGCUUGCUCUUAUCCCUCGAGUAGUAGUUCACCGCUAGGGGAUGAAAGACGAG